AUGCCCGAUCUCGUUAUUAAAAAUAAAUCUAAAAGGCCCCUUUCAUCAGUUAAAAAACAGGAAUCUGCACCAAUCAGACCCACAAUUAAAAUAUUCACUAAGAAAAAAAAUACGUAUACCGAKGAAAAAAGUUAUUUUUGUACUAUGUCUCAAAAUUCGUUAGGAAGUCAUAAAUAUUAUAAGAGUCCAGGAUCAAAUCAUCUGCCGAUGUCAUCAAAUCCAAGGUCAUCUCAAAGUGAAUUUAAGAAACGUUUAAUUGACAGGUCUGACAAUUUGACGAAAAAAAGCUACCAAACAUUAUUUAAAGAACUUCAGGAGCAACACAAGGAUGUAAAAAAUGAAUUGGAAAAGAGUAAAAACACGGUAGAAUUUCUUCAAGAGCAGUUGAAUAAAAUUAGACACGAUAAAGAAAUUCAGACGUGUGGAAUUAGUAUGGAUCAAUUAGAAAAUGAUUUAGAACACUUAAAAAUAGAUUUAAAACAAAAAGAAAAUAAAUUAGAACAACAAGAUGUUAAUUUGAAAAAUAUGACCAAUGAAAAAAGAUUGUUGAAUUUGGAACUUGGAGUAAAAAAUGAAGAACUAUUAACUAUGGUUACACAAGCCUCGGAAUUAAACUCCAAAAUAGAGAAUUUAAGUAAUACAGUAGAUAGUUUUAAAAAAACAGACUCUGAAAAAACCACAAGGAUUGAAAAUUUGUUCAAGGAGAGAAACAAGUAUAAAAAUGAUUUUAUUGAGGUUUCUAGAGAGAGGGAUAUGUUUCAAGAGGAAAUGAUUGUACUUAAAAAUAAAUAUACAGAAACUAAUCAAAAAUUGAAUGAAUUGAGAUCCGAGGUUGGAAAAAAGAGAACCGAGUUUGUGCAACGUUCUAUGCGGUUAAGUGAACAAUCUGACUUAAAUAUUAAACAACAAAAACAAAUUAAACUCAUGGAAGAUAUGACUUUGGAAUUCGAAUUGAUGGUCAAACGUUUGACACUUGAAAACCAGGACUAUAAGAUCACCAUCGACCGUUUAAACGACGAUAUUGUUGAAUUGAGAAAUGAAAUAAAACAGUGGGAAACUAGAGCUGGUUGUUGGAUUAAUACGUAUGUUCGAGAACAAUUUGAAUCAGAAAUAGAGAAUCUCAAAAUCGAAAAUCAACGUUUAAAUGUUAAAAAUUUACAACUGACAGACAAAUAUAACAAAACAAUUAUCGAAAAAUGUGAACAAAUAUCUGAAAAAGAGAAAAUUGUGGAAAUAAAACAAUCAACAAUUGAAAAAAUGACGGAAAUAAUAAACUUAAUGAGGAAAAGCAAUGUUCAUAACAGUGAUGACGACUAAAUACAAGGGCUAAAAUAG